AUGGUGGAAACAGGCAUAUCUCCGUGUAGCUGUUUCUUCAAGAUAUGUUUAAGACUGCUAUUAACAUUUGGAUGUAAGUUCCAUCCAGUUUGGAUGUCAAUGUUUUUGAUCACUGUUGCAGGCUCUGAUGUUUGGCUGCCAUUCACUAAAUAUGACACACACAUUUACCGAGAAGGCGACACUUAUAUCCUUGAAAACAAACGAGGCUACAGCAUCAGGUUCAACCCUAAGAUUGAACUCGUCACCCUCGAGAUCAGUGGGUGGUUCUUCAGUCGAGUCAGAGGUCUGUUUGGUUCUUACAACAACGAACAGUUCGAUGAAAUGGUUCCGAAUAAUAUGUUGCGUAGAAGGAGCCUAGAAGAGUUUGUUAAUUCUUGGACAGAGGAAAGAGGCUGUAGAUCCAGAGAUGUUGCAAUUCGGCACAGGAUGAAGGGCAGCUACCUUUGUUCGGAAAUAUUCUUGGAUUCUAUUUCACCGUUCCGACAUUGCUUUAAACAGGUGUCAUCAGAGCCUUUCUACCACAUGUGCGCCUUAGAAGUGGACGAGUGGUCACCGGUCAACACCCUUUGCGAUGUUUCAAUGUAUUACAUUGACCAAUGUUCCUAUAAAGAUGUGCCGGUCACACUACCGAAAAUGUGUUAUGGCGGAAGUUUUUAAUCAGAAUUUGACCAGCUUUCCUCAAGAGAGAAGACGAACAUCAAUAUUUUCCAAAUAAAAAAAUCGAUUAAAAACAGAUUUUAAUAAAAGUUCCAAUGAAACUCCA